CCCAAGUUACACCAUCGCAUGCUGGCCGUUGCUCACCUGCCUUAGCCUCCGAUUCCGCACGCGAGCUACAAAAAGCCAUUGACGCGCCCGGAUUCGAGUUUCAUUCUCCUUGGUCUUCUCCAUAUUCAGGUUCCUCUUCCGUAUAAAGGUUCUGUUUUUCUGCUCCAGUGAAUCACUGAGUGUUGCUGGGUCCUUGAUACUUCCAAUCCUCCUCCUACACCUCCACACUAACCAUCACCACCACUCCUCCAACAUGCGCUCCAACACCCUCCUCUCCGCCGCCGCCCUCUGCGGCCUCUCGCUGGCCCACUUCGAGCUCAGGUACCCUGCGUCCAUCGGCUUCAGCGACGACAACGAGGGCGACUCCCCCUGCGGCGGCUUCACCCCCGACUUCUCCGACUCGAGCAAGCUUGUCGAGUUCCACGUCGGCGGCGAGGCCAUCGCCGUGCGCUCCACUCACCAGCAGGCCAACUGGCUGUUCCGCGUCACUUCCGACCAGAAGGCCAAGUCGGGCUGGGAGCAGCUGUUCCCCAUUGUCCAGCAGAGCGGCUUGGGCGACUUCUGCGAGCCCCAGAUCACCGUCAACGAGAGUUACAUUGGCAAGAAGGGCGUUGUGAGCGUUGUCUCCUCCGCUGCCGACGGUCUGCUGUACCAGUGCAUCGCCGCCACGUUCGUUAAGGGCUCUGCCGACGCUCCCUCUGUGUGCACCAACGCCUCCUCCGUCAAGGCCUCCUUCACCGACGACAGUGCCCUGUCCGCUCUCGUCGACACCAACUCGACCUCUGACAGCUCGACCACCACCGCCUCGGCGGGCACUUCUGCGACCUCCGGUGCGGCCUCGUCCAGCCAGAGCGCCGACGCUGCGUCGGCCCUGCAGGCGUGGUCCGUUACUGGCCUGGGCAGCAUCGUCACCAUGCUGUCGAUGGCGUUUGUUGGAGGAGCUCUGAUGAUCUAAUGCAUGGGCCGGUUCGAGGAGAACUGAGACUGAAAAUACCUGUAUACGUACAAACGAAUAUUCUGUUUAGCGAGUCGUCACGACGCAGCCGAGGCUGGCCGAAUUUAAUGACCUUUUAUCACGCCCGACCUAUUCAAUGGACGGCACUUCUAGAGUGUGGACAAUGGCUUUGCAGUUGCUAAGGCCUUGAACAGUGCCCGUCCAUGGCAUCGCAGAACCUCCAUUUGACUCAAUUGAAAAUAAUACACCGCGUCAAAAACCAAUUGACCAGCCGAUUGACCUGCCACUCCGUCCUGGCCGCAUCUUCCACACCGUACGGGUCGGCAUUCCAUGACUCGCUUCCCAACCUCCAACUCCAC